CUUGUUUCGGUAGUGUCAUCGUCUUCAAGAUGGCGGUUGCAGAAACCGUCCAGAAGCGUCUACACGUCGCUGGAUUGAUCCCCUCGAUCACUCCAGAACAUCUGAAAGAUAGAUUCAAGAGCUUUGGUACCGUGAAUUCUGUCGAAUGGCCCGGACCAGAUGCUCUAGGCCAACCUAGACGCUUCGCCUAUGUCUCAAUAGAGUCUACUCUCCCGCAACUGAAGAAGUGUCUUAAUAUCAUGUCUGGUUCUACAUGGAGAGGAGCACAGUUGCGAAUAGCAGAAGCCAAGCCAAAUUGGGCAGAGAGGCUCGAGAAAGAACGCCGUCCGUCCCCUACGGACGUAGCGGAUAGACUUCGCAAGAGACGUCGAAAGAUUCUCAAGGUCGCUGUUGCACAGGGCAUGGGCAAAGAGGCCCAGGAUAUGCGAGAUGUCACAUUGGAGAAUUAUUCGAAGCGCAAGUUCUGGACCCUGACUUCCCAAGGGACACUCGUCCGCCCUCUUGCUCUCAGACCAUCUCAUCCUCUCCCUCCGCCUAGUAAAGAUCAUUCUCAGUCAUCGUCAUCGAGUUCUUCCUCUCGUCGUCCGCCGACCCGAUCGAGGCGGAGAGUCAUCAAUCCUACAGCCUGGAACAACGCCUCCUAUGAGGCAUUCGACUCGCUCGAUUUGGCGCCUGCUGAUCCGCCAGAAGUGGAUAGCUGGAUUUUUGAAUCCGAGGACGAUCUGCAGAUGGACGAAUAUGGAUAUUCAGUGAUCGGUCAUUGGAGGCGUGCUUCAGGGAGUGCUGCAACAGCAGAGGAGGAGGUCAAGGUCAGGAUGGCACCUCAAGGGAUACUGGAUGGGGAUUUGGAAUAUCUAGACGACGACCAGGAUUUGGAGUCGACUUCGGACCUCUUUGAUCGGAAGGAACGGGUGGAUAUCGAUGGGAGAGACGAUAGUCCACUAUUUGCAGGCCGGCCGCUUCGAUCCGCCUCGCCUCAAUACGCUCUAGAGGAAGUAUCAGAAAGGGAGCAAGAGGGAGAACCACCUGAACAGCCUAUGAAGGGGGAGAUUUCACCUCGUUCACCUAUACACUCGCCUGUCCCACCAGUGCCAGCUCCUCCAGCCUCAACUGUUCCUUCAUCGGGUCUUGCUGUUGCAUCUCCAAUGGGUCUGCCCACCGAAAUCCGAGCCAAGAUUCGACAGGAGAGAUCGAGAGAUCUAAGUAUUCUAGAUUCGAUCCUCGGGUCGACCAGAAGCGCAAAACCUGAUCCAGCAGGCAAAUUAUGGUUCGAAGAAAGUGAUAGCGAUACCGAAGAACGACAGGUCCUGCGAUUGAGAGGUGGCGCUGCGGAAGAUUCUGAGAGUGAGGAGGAAGAAUCAUCAGAGGUCUCGGACGAUACCGAUGACAGCGACGAUGGCGAGGAUGAGGGCAGUGAUUCUGAAGAAUCAACCGACUCCGAAGCGACCUCCAGAAGCGACGAUUCUUCUCCUGAUGGCGAGACAGACGCGCCAAAGGGUAUCUCGACCACCCUAGAUCCGGAACCUGUCCCAUUGAAACCUGCCUCAACCCUCAAGGAUAUGUUUGCUUCGACGUCUGGAGGAGGCUCGCUCCUUGCUCAUCUAGGUGAAGAUAUCGAAAUGGACGAAGCGUUCGAUGUCCCAUUGACCACCACUGGUCCUGUUACCACUGCUGACGCGACCGAAGAUUCUCCCAUGGAGAUGUACGAACCAGCAGCCAGAGCAAAAUUCAUACCUGAUCCAUCUGAACCGCUGUUUUACCCCACGUUCGAACCACAUCUUCAAUCUCGGGUCAAAGAUCUUUUCACCUCCGACCGCGAAGACCCCUCUUUCAAAGGCUUCUGGGCACAGGAGACUGACGCGGAGAUGAGGGAGAUUUGGGACCGAGACAAGCUGAACUUGACUAGGGAGUGGAAAAGAAGACAUAGAGAGGCGAAGAAACAUCGGAGAAGGAAGGGCGGUGGAGCAAUGGACGAUAUGGAGUAAUCGCUUGUGUCAAAUUCAG